AUGGCCCCUCGCGGACGUGGAGGAAAAUUCAGCAAACCCACCCGUGGCGGUGGCAAGCAUUAUAGCCGUGAUAUCCAGCCGUUAGACAAGGACGGAAACCCUAUUGGGAUGUGGAGGGACCCGAACGAUGACCCUCUUUCCUCCGAAGAGGAAGACGACGAUGAAUCUGAGGAAGAGUCUGAAGAUGAAGCAGGCCCUUCUAAUGAACUAGCAGGGGAAAUGACCCGCGAACAGCGCAAAGCGGCUGCCAAAGCUCGAAAAGAGGCCGCCAUCGCCAAGAAAAGCCAGGUGGCGGCGGCUCCUGGAGACCUACCGCCGUCUGAGAGUGAGGAGGAAUCCGAUGAGGAUAUGCCAGCGAAUCCUAAUCAUACUGCAAAGUCGCGCUCGCAGGCAGCUGACGCGAUUAAUGGAGCACCUGCACCUAGGGCCCCAGGAGAACUCUCCCGCCGUGAGCGUGAAGCGAUCGAAGCCCAGCAGGCUCGAGAGCGAUACAUGAAACUCCAUGCCGAGGGGAAGACAGAUCAAGCUCGGGCUGAUCUGGCGCGACUAGCCCUUGUCAAAGAACGACGCGAGGCAGAAAAGGCCCGAAAACAGGCCGAAAAGGAAGAACGUGAGGAGAGAGAGCGUGAGAAGGCAGAACAAAAAGCAAAGGAGGCCAAACUCCGCGAUGCCGCGAUGGGAACAAGUGGCAAAGGAGGUAAGAAGGUUGGAAAGAGCAAAUGA